CCUUCACUAAACCUCAAACACCUUCCAGAUGUCCCGAUCCAAUCACCCUUGUCAUUUGCCGUCCACUCCCUCCCCAACUUGCACUCCAUUUAACCCCCAACACUCCCAUCUACCCCAGUCCCGAACGCGACACCCCGUCGAACGCUUACCUCAUCAAAACGAAAAGCUCGCUCUUAACUCCCAAUUGCCAAGAUCUGAAGCAAACCCAUUUCUUCUCCUACACCCAAGCAUGCAGAUUUACGCUGCUGCAUUGCUGGCGGUGGUGGCGCUGAGUGUAAUCCUGGGUGCCAGCAGCGACGGCGAUCACUCGUCCACCGUCGCCAAAGUGAAGACGGUGAAGGGGAAGAAGCUGUGCGACAAAGGGUGGGAGUGUAAAGGGUGGUCAAAGUAUUGCUGCAAUCUCACCAUCUCCGAUUUCUUCCAGACUUACCAGUUUGAGAAUCUCUUCUCCAAGAGGAACACGCCGGUGGCGCACGCCGUUGGGUUUUGGGAUUACCAGGCGUUUAUCACCGCCGCGGCGCUUUUCGAGCCUCUUGGAUUUGGGACCACCGGGGGGAAGCUUAUGCAGAUGAAGGAGGUCGCCGCCUUUCUUGGACAUGUCGGCAGCAAAACCUCUUGUGGUUACGGUGUGGCCACAGGAGGACCGUCGGCGUGGGGGCUUUGCUACAACAGGGAAAUGAGUCCCAUGCAGUCGUACUGCGAUGACUAUUACAAGUACACAUAUCCCUGCAGUCCUGGAGCUGAAUACUAUGGUCGUGGUGCUUUGCCAAUCUACUGGAACUACAAUUACGGUGCAGCUGGAGAAGCUUUGAAGGUGGAUCUGUUGAACCAUCCAGAAUUCAUUGAGCAGAAUGCUACUCUUGCAUUCCAGGCUGCAGUAUGGAGGUGGAUGACCCCUAUCAAGAAGUCACAACCCUCAGCCCACGAAGCAUUUGUUGGAGACUGGAAGCCCACCAAGAAUGAUACUUUGGCUAAGCGGUUUCCUGGAUUUGGUGCUACAAUGAAUCUUCUUUAUGGGGAAUCAGUUUGUGGCCAGGGUGACAUUGAUGCCAUGAACAACAUCGUUUCACAUUACCAGUACUACCUUGACCUUAUGGGUGUCGGUCGAGAAGAGGCAGGACCUCAUAAAGUGCUAACUUGUGCCGAGCAGGUUGCAUUCAACCCAAUCAAGCCUGCUGUUACUGCAUCUUCUUGAGAUCUAUAUGGUGUUUUGGUUGCCUGCACUGUCAAAGCCAAGCCAUCUUCUUCUCUCAUCAGCUUAGAAAUUUAAAGGGAAAAGGGAAAUUGAAGCCCAUCUUCUCUACAAGGUGAAGUAUUAAUAAAAAGGUGUCGAAGCUAGAUGUUAAUAUGAUUAUUUGAAACUAGAUGUGUGGAGAUGCAUAUCUGUGAGAAUAUAACUGUUGGUUGAUUCGUUGCCAUACUUGGUUAUUUUGCUUUUUUGGUUCUGAAAUCCAUUCGUCUCCACUAUCGAAAUAUGUGGCUUGUGUAAUUUGUUAUAUGUAAUUUACAAACCGUUUUGUUCACUCGUAUUUGCAUCAGUUAUGGACUUGUAAAGUUGAGUGAUAAAGUUUCAUCA